GCCGCCGUUCAGCAGCUGCGUGGCUGGAGGGCUCCGGCCGUGGCUGGGGUUCCCUGGGCCUGUGUCCACAGGGAGGGGGACACGGCGUGGGCAAAGAACAACCCCACAGCCCCGUGGGUGAGCCUUCCCCGUGGUGCUGCAGUGUGCAGUGCGUCCUGCUGACGGUGCUUUCCCCUUGGCCAAAGUCUGGGGACACGAAGACCCUGAUGCCGUUUGUCCCCUGCGUCCCCCCACGCAGUGACAGCCAGCGAUGGCCCUCCCGGGGGUCCCGGUGCCGCGCCACCUGCUGCAGUCCCCCCCCGAGGAGGACGGGGUGCUGUACGUGGAGUACAAACCCCCCGCCCUGGACAGCAUCCGCCUGCCCCGCUAUGUGCUCUACCUGCUGAUGGCCGUCUCCCUGGUGCUGGUGGUGGCGUACGCCAUCGUGGGGCACCUCAUCAAGGACCUGGUGCACGACUUUGCCGAUUGGGCAUUCGGACCCAAAGCAGAGGAGGAGAAGGCAGUGAUGGGUGAAGGGAGCACACCCGAGGCGGAGGACGGGGCUCAGGGUGAAGGUGUUGGGGUGCUGCCGGGCAUGGAGGCCCCAUCGCCGCUGCUGUCCGCCGCCCCGCGCAGCUCCAUCUCCUUUGUGGAUCCCCGCAAGAAGUGGCUUUUUUAGGGGCGCGGGGGCUGUGCCCACUGCUGGCACUCUGUCCCCACCCCCUCUGUCUCUGUUUGCGUAUCUCAGGGCCGCUAUCGCGCCGCACCCCAAUAAAUCCCCGCUGUGCCCUUGGGGAUCCCAA